CUAAAGAUUGUUGCUCACGGUGUUGUGAAGGAUCCUGACAUUGUUUUACUCUCUGAUGCCACCAACAAAGACAGCGAGGCCCUUAUUGUUCAGGUGAGCUAACGUGAAGUUGCACAAGAAAUAAAAUGCUCUGAAGUUUCAAAAAUUCUGAGUAAUGUCGCUCCUUGGGCUUAAGCGAUUGCGUUGAACAAUUGACUAUUGUAGUGCUAUUCUUGAACCCAAGAUAAGAGAGGCCUGUACAUCAAUUUGAGUUUUUCACCUAAAUUUCCAAAUACUUUCUUUGUUUUCAUAUUAGAACUAUUCAUCUGAUGUAUUCGUUUGACUCUGCAGGGCACUGAAGGCAGAGAGUUUCUGGCGACACAUGUCAGAACCCGAAAUUAAAAAGCUUCGUCUUAGUAACACUCAGCUACACUUGUACCGCACUUACGUCGUAAAAGAUUUUGGGAACCAAAUGGCCGAACGCCUUUUCUUUGUUUUGUCAGCCUUUUCGUUCCUUGAUUUGUAUGCAGUUUAAACUUCCCUGCUGGCAGAGGUAUCUCACGGUAAGAGAAGAAUGAGAGGAAAGCGAGAGACCUUUGCCGGCCUCCGAUGCGUUUUCUAUCACGCAAACACUUACGUUUCCUUAACAACCAGUAACGUUUUAGUCACGUGCGACACAACUUACAAAGCCGGUUUGCGCGAUAACGACUGUGGGCUCAGAAAUUUUUGCGUGCAGUCUCAAAAGGCAUUCUCAACCAGCAUCCCACAUUAAACGAAACGGGUUUUGGAAACCAGUAAGUUUCGGCCACAAAUUUGGUCGGCGGCUGCAUGAAAGAACGCGUCAGAGGCCGGCAGAGGUCUGUCUCUUUCCUAUUGUUUUUCUCUCUCCGCGAGAGACCUCUGCUAGUAGGGAACGUUUAAACAUAUUAUGUAGUUCUAACUUCCUUUUUACAGACAGAUUCUUUGUCCAUAGAUGUAUUUGGUCUUAUCUUUCAUCUUUUUCUCCGUUUUGAUGUCUUUCUUUGCCAGGCGGAGGUGGAAUUUGAUUUCAAUGUGGAUAGCGGAAAACAGGAACUUUCCUCAAAACUGUCAAGACUUCAGAUGCAGGCUGCACAAUUUCCAGACGUUAAAUCCACCUCUUACAAGGUGACAGAAAGUUCUUUGUUUAUUUUACAGUAGUCUGAUCACAAUGCCAGUGUGAUGUACAUAAACCUAAGAGGAGGUUUCCAUUGUUUUACUGAAAACUUUUCUUCUGUUUUUAUUAGCAAACGUUUGUCCUUAAAGUAGUUUACUAAAAUAAUAUGUAUAUAAUGUGCUUUAAUACUUAAGUGGAAAAAACAGUGAUUAUCAAUGAAAUUGUAAGUAUCGUAACCCGGCAAUUGUUUUCCAAAGCGAAUCAACCGCUCGACAACUUUCACGUUUACCCAAUCACCGCUCAUCGAUGAAUUGCUACCCUCAUAACCAGGUGUAUAAUACUUCGUCCUAUACUGUACGGAAUGUGCCCAACAUCACGUGCUCAGUUACUUUUUAUUUGAAAGGAGAAUUGAGCUUUCGUUGAGCUUGUUGCAUGAAUCAACUCAUACAAAAACUCGUUUUGUUUUUCAGGUUUUGAACCCAUGUUCGCUAAAGUUUAAGUACCUGAUGCCUGCUAGCAUUGAUGGUGGACAAGACAUAGAUAUUGAACUAGAAAAGAUGUUAUUUGAAUUCUCGCCAGGGCUUCUCACAACUGUCACUAACGUAGUAACAGCUUUCACAAGUCUGCAGAAGGUGUGU